UUAGUCUUGUCGACUUCUUUGGCUUGUUUUGCUUCUGGGUUUUGAAGCUUUCUGGUUUUUCUAUAUCUUACUCUGUUUUGAAUCUUAGAUUCUCUCCUCCCACUUGUUUCGAUGGAGUUCUCUAUGUUCUACACCAGAAUCAGUUUUCUCAUCCUUCUUAUUCUUCUCUCAUCCCCUUCUAAAUUCAUCCAAAGCCCAAUGGACUUUGGUCCUUUGAACCUUCUCCCGUCUACAGACACAGCAGCUCUGGACUUUGGGAGAAUCUACUUCAACUCCCCAUCUGCAGUUCUAAGGCCUCAAUCUCCCAAAGAGAUAUCUCUCCUUCUCAACUCUCUUUCUGGUUCUUCUUUCAGUAAAGUUACAGUUGCAGCAAGAGGAGCUGGACACUCUAUCAAUGGCCAAGCUCAAGCCCUGAAUGGCAUUGUUGUUGAAAUGGAUUCACUUCCUCCUUCUAUCAAAAUAAGAAAGCGAGUUGAUGGGGAGAGUAGUCCUUCUUAUGUUGAUGUGAGUGGAGGAACUCUUUGGAUAGACCUCUUGAAGGAAACCUUGAAGGAGGGCCUUGCUCCAAGGUCAUGGACUGAUUAUCUCUAUCUUACCAUUGGUGGGACACUUUCUAAUGCUGGAAUCAGUGGGCAAACCUUUAAAUAUGGCCCUCAGAUUAGUAAUGUCCUUCAGCUAGAUGUGGUAACAGGAACAGGAGAGAUUGUGACCUGCUCACCAUCCAAAAAUUCUGAGCUCUUCUAUGGAAUUCUAGGUGGGCUUGGCCAAUUUGGAAUUAUUACAAGUGCAAGGAUCUUGCUCCAAGAUGCUCCACGGAAAGUGAAAUGGGUCAGAGCUUUCUAUGAUGAUUUUGAUAUUUUCACCAAGGACCAAGAGCUAUUGAUUAAAAUGGAAAGCAAGGUUGAUUAUUUGGAAGGGUUUAUAGUUUUAAAUAAGGAUUCACUGCAUGGCUCCUCCAUUUCCUUUCCCUUUCCUGCAAAUUUGGCUUCCAUUCCACAGUUCAAAUCAGAUCCUUCUAAAGUUUACUACUGUAUAGAAUUUGCAGUCAAUGAUAAGCCUGACAAGUACACCAAUCUUGAUCAAGUUGUUGAAGAGAUAUCUAGCAAACUGAGCUUCAUGCCAUCAGUUCAGUACAGUGUGGAGGUGUCUUACUUUGAUUUUCUCAAUAGAGUUAGAAUGGAGGAAUUAAGUUUGAGAGAGAUAGGGCUUUGGGAUGUCUCUCAUCCAUGGCUGAACAUGUUUGUGCCCAAGUCAGGGAUUGCCCAGUUCAGAGAUUUGCUGUUGGAAAACAUCUCACCAAGUACCUUUGAGGGCCCCAUCCUCAUAUAUCCAAUCUCAAGGGACAAGUGGAAUUUGAACAUGUCGGCUGUAUUGCCGGAGUCGGAUUCCGGCGAGAACACACUAUACAUAGUUGGAAUUCUCCGGUCGGCGAACCCUAACAGCUGCUCACAAGAAUGCCUACAAGGCUACCUCCGGCAAAACCGUAAUAUUACCGACAUAGCUACCGAUCCUACGGCUGGAAUUGGUGCUAAACAAUACCUAUCCCACCACACCAAGAAAGAACAAUGGAUGGAACAUUUUGGCGGAAAAUGGCAACAGUUUUUGGCGCGAAAGUCAUCUUUUGACCCUUUGAACAUAUUGGCCCCUGGUCAGGCCAUCUUUAAGAGGAGAUACAGUAUGAACCCUACUACUACUACUACUCCUCUUACUCUCUCUUCCCAAUGAGAGAAGGAAAAGAAAGAAUCUCUUGGGAAUUUCUUAUUUCCUUCUUGAUGGGGUCUUUUAAGAGAGAAAACAUGUCUUCUUUCUUUCCAACACAUCAUGUCUCUGAACAGAACAAAUUGUAAUU